CGCCGCUGCAGUGCGCAGGAGCCCGCGGUCCGCGCCCCAGCACCGGUAGCCCGAGCGCUAGCUGCGUCCGGAGCCAAGCAGGGGUCGUAGCAGCCUGGAUGCGCCCUGUGGCGCGCGCGCACACAGCAUCCCGAGCCUCCCGCCGCGCGGCGGGGAUGCCUGCUCUCCCGGCCCCGGGGCUGAGCCCCCGGCGGUAACCGGAGCGGGGGGGCGCGCCCCCCCAGCCGCAGCUGCCGCGCCCGCGCCCGGGCCAGUCGCCGCCAGGGCCCAUCGCCUGCCGCCGCGCUCUGCGCACCCGCCGCCCUGCGCAGCCAUGGGGACGCUGCUGACCCUCGUGGUGGGCGCGGCGCUGGUGUCCUCAGCCUGGGGGGGCUGCGUGGAGGUGGACUCCGAUACCGAGGCCGUGUACGGGAUGACCUUCAAAAUCCUAUGCAUCUCCUGCAAGCGUCGUAGUGAGACCAGCGCCGAGACCUUCACGGAGUGGACCUUCCGCCAGAAGGGGACAGAGGAAUUUGUCAAGAUCCUACGCUAUGAGAAUGAGGUGCUGCAGCUGGAGGAAGACGAGCGCUUUGAGGGCCGUGUGGUGUGGAACGGUAGCCGGGGCACCAAGGACCUGCAGGACCUGUCCAUCUUCAUCACCAACGUCACCUACAACCACUCUGGCGACUACGAGUGCCACGUCUACCGUCUCCUCUUCUUUGAGAAUUACGAUUACAACACCAGCGUCGUCAAGAAGAUCCACCUGGAGGUGGUGGACAAGGCCAACAGAGACAUGGCGUCUAUCGUGUCGGAGAUCAUGAUGUACGUGCUCAUCGUGGUGUUGACCAUAUGGCUCGUGGCGGAGAUGGUCUACUGCUACAAGAAAAUUGCUGCUGCCACGGAAGCUGCUGCCCAAGAGAACGCCUCAGAAUACCUGGCCAUUACAUCCGAGAGCAAAGAAAAUUGUACAGGCGUCCAGGUGGCUGAAUAGCGCUGGUCCUGGGCUCUGCCUCAAGGAAGAGCCAGCCCCUACGGGUACCCUCCCCACCUGCAGUGGGGAUCAGCCCCUGGUGGGUACCCGCCCCACCUGCAGUGGGGAUCAGCCCAUCGGUCUCCCCGGCCUCACAGUCCUGCAGAGGAGCCACCAGGGUGGGAGCGGGCAAGGACUGAUCCCACCUCACCCACCGCCUCCCACCCACCCUCCCACCGCUAUGCAUGAUGGGUGAAGCAAUAUGGCCGCCCUACCCUGCUUUUGCUGCCUGUUUGGGGAAGGGGCGGUGAGGCGAGGGGGCAGGCCCCGCCCCUUCUUUUUGCUGAUUUGCACAUAGGCCACUUCCCACACGCACUGCCAGGCCAGCUGGGCAC